AGCGUCUGCGCUGCUAGAUCUUGUACCUUGCCUUUUAUUAUCUACAAAGGACGUAAGGCAGAUAUACCAUGCAAUUGGAAGCUCUCCGUCUCUGAGAGCGGCUGGACGAACAACGCGCUCGGCCUUGAGUGGCUGAAGCACUUUGACGCGCAUACAAAGGCGAGCUAG